GGUGUCGGAGAGAGGAGCCUAUGGUUCAGCGCGUCUCGCUCGAGCACUCAGCAGAGUGUUCCAUCGUUGUUGGAGAGGGCCCCGGACAACGGAGCGCCCGCGCUACACCACAAAUACAAAAGUUGCAGGAGAGAAAAAAACGGUAGCAAUGGUUGAGUGUAUGCCUUUCAUUCUUUUCUCAAUUCUCUUCGGAGUUUCAACUUCUAUCUCUUCUUUGCGGGAGCACCGACCGAAUGAAGUAACCUUGCUGGAUUCCAGGACGGUUCAAGGAGAACUGGGAUGGGUCGCCAGUCCGUCCGAAGGAGGUUGGGAGGAGGUGAGUAUCAUGGAUGAAAAGAAUGUGCCCAUCCGAACUUAUCAGGUGUGUAACGUGAUGGAACCCAGCCAAAACAACUGGCUGCGCACGCACUGGGUCUCUCGCGCCCUGGCACAGCGCGUCUAUGUGGAGAUCAAGUUCACUCUACGCGAUUGUAACAGCUUGCCGGGAGUCACGGGCACUUGCAAGGAAACGUUUAACCUUCUUUACCACGAGGCUGACAACGACACUGGCGAGCGUUACGUGCAGGAGAGCCGCUUCUCCAAAAUCGACACAGUGGCUGCGGACGAGAGCUUCACGCAGGUGGAUAUCGGUGACCGCGUGAUGAAAUUGAACACAGAGGUGCGCGACGUGGGCGUGCUCACGCGGAGAGGAUUUUAUUUGGCGUUUCAGGAUGUGGGCGCAUGUAUCGCGCUGGUCUCCGUGCGCGUGUUUUACAAACGCUGUCCCCUCGUGGUGCGGAAUCUCGCGCGCUUUCCUGACACGGUGACGGGGGCUGACACGUCCUCUUUGGUAGAGGUGCGCGGCUCCUGUGUGGAUAAUGCCGAGGAGCGAGAUGUUCCCAGAAUGCAUUGCGGGGCUGAUGGAGAGUGGCUGGUACCCAUUGGAAGCUGUGUGUGUAACCCUGGUUACGAAGAACGCAAUGGAGAGUGCCAUGUCUGUAAGAUGGGGUAUUAUAGAGCCCACUCCUCUGAUGGAGGCUGCAGCCGAUGCCCUGCCCAUAGUUACGCCCCAAGAGAAGGCUCCACGUCCUGCCGCUGUGAUAAAGGAUUCUACCGUGCGGAGACGGACCCACCAUCCUCAACCUGCACCACUCCCCCCUCUGCUCCUCAGCAUCUCAUCUCGAACGUAAACGAGACGUCGGUGCUGCUGGAGUGGACUCCGCCGCUGUCCUCGGGCGGCCGCCAAGACCUCACCUACACCGUGGUGUGCAAGCGCUGCCCGCCGGCCGUUUCUGCGGCGGCAUCGGCGACGGGAGGAGGAGGAGGAGGAGGAGGAGGAGGAGGAGGAGGAGCGCGUUGCGCGCCGUGCGGAGACGGCGUGCGCUACGUGCCGGGGCACGUGGGAUUGCGCUCCCCGCGCGUCUCCAUCCAGGAGCUGCAGGCGCACACCAACUACACCUUCAUCAUCCGCGCCGUCAACGGAGUGUCCUCGCUCAGCCCCGCCUCCGAGCACGCCGCCUCCGUCACCCUCACCACCAACCAAGCAGCCCCAUCGGCAGUAACAUCGCUGCAGGUGAAGGAUGCCACUCGUCAUGCCCUCUCCCUGCUGUGGGAGGAGCCAGAUAAGCCCAACGGUGUCAUCCUGGAGUACGAGGUCAAGUACUACGAGAAGGAACACAAUGAGCGGAGUUACCGCGUCAUGAAGACCUCGUCUAGACGAGUGGACAUCACUGCUCUCACCCCACUGACCUCCUACGUCUUCCUGGUGCGCGCACGCACUUCAGCAGGUUAUGGAGACUUCAGCCCACCCUAUGAGUACACAACCAACGCUGUGUCGGCUCCAGUGGUUGGUGAAGGGGUGAACUCUACACUUCUGCUGGUGUGUGUUGUGUGUGGCACCUGUCUUCUCCUCAUCCUCACUGCAGUCUUUGUCUUCACCAGAAGGAGGAGCUCUUACAGCAAAACCAAGCAGGAUGAAGAGAAACAACUGCAACCAGGAGUGAAGCUAUAUGUGGACCCCUUCACCUAUGAGGACCCCAACCAGGCUGUCCGAGAGUUUGCCCGCGAAAUUGAUGCCUCCUGUAUAAAGAUCGAGAAGGUCAUUGGCGUUGGUGAGUACGGUGAGGUGUGUAGUGGUCGUCUGAAGCUGGUCGGGAAGCGGGAGAUGUGUGUGGCCAUCAAGACCCUGAAGGCAGGCUUCACGGAAGACCAGAGGCGGGACUUCCUGUCUGAGGCCAGCGUCAUUGGCCAGUUCGACCACCCCAACAUCAUCCACCUUGAGGGUGUAGUCACCAAAUGCAAGCCAGUAAUGAUCAUUACUGAGUACAUGGAGAAUGGAUCGCUAGAUGUGUUUCUGAGGAAGAAUGACGGGCGCUUCACAGUGAUCCAGCUGGUGGGCAUGCUGCGUGGCGUGGCGUCGGGCAUGCGUUACCUCAGCGAUAUGAGCUACGUGCACCGGGAUCUGGCCGCCAGGAACGUCCUGCUCAACGGGAACCUCGUCUGCAAGGUGGCCGACUUUGGCAUGUCACGCGUGCUGGAGGACGAACCGGAGGCUGCAUACACCACCAGGGGAGGAAAGAUCCCGAUUCGCUGGACGGCCCCCGAGGCCAUCGCCUACAGGAAGUUCACUUCGGCCAGUGACGUGUGGAGCUACGGCGUGGUCAUGUGGGAAGUGAUAUCAUACGGCGAGAGGCCCUACUGGGACAUGAGUAACCAGGAUGUGAUCAAGGCGAUCGAGGAGGGCUACCGGCUGCCGCCGCCUAUGGAGUGCCCGCUGGCUCUGCACCAGCUGAUGCUGGAGUGCUGGCUGCGGGAGCGCGGGCAGAGGCCCAAAUUCAGCCAGAUCGUGCACAUGCUGGACAAGCUGAUACGCCACCCGGCCACGCUCAAGAGGACAGGAGACACGUACAGCAGGCCCCGCCCUGCUCUGAUAGGCCCCACCCCUAUGACAAGCCCCUCCCCAUCAGUGGGGGAGUGGCUACAGACCAUCGGCAUGGAGAAAUACCAGGAGAGAUUCAGCACGGCUGGCUAUACGGACAUAGACAGCAUCUCUCGGGCCAACCCAGAAGACCUGAAGAGAAUAGGCAUCGCCUCCAAAUCACACCGCAAGAAGAUCCUGAGGAGUGUUCAGGAAACGCUGUCCGAAACACAACAGAAACAGGGAAGAACAGUCUGAUUUUCAAAAUAAAAAGAUACAGACAAGCACAGUGAAGGAGCUGACACUCACAAUGGACCAUUUCCUGUAAAGGAACAGACUGCAAUAAGACGUGUUUUUUUUUUUUUUUUUUAUCGUUGGAUGUAAUGGCUGGGAUGUGCACUUUAAGUCAAACAGUGGAGCGGAGGAAAAGAUGAAGGAGGAGGAGGAGGAGGAGGAGGAGGAGGAGGAGAAGGAGGAAGAGGAGAGGGAAGUGAAGUCUAAACAGAGGAAGAGGACCGGACAACCUUUUGUCCCUCUGAUCCAUCUGGUCCUCGUGGUGCUCAAUGGCACUCAGUCGGACCGCUCCUGCAGAGACUGUGAACCUGCUGGCUCUAGGACCAAGGGGGAAGUGUGGGGACAAGAGGGGUGGACUGUGAUUGCAUCCCCUCUGUGAGAAGGUCUACCGUUUUUUUGUCCGUGAAGUGGCCGUCCUCUCAUACAAACUCAAGCCAGUGUGGCAGGAGAGAGAUAAAGAGAUACAGGCUUUGUUUGAAUGUGUGUGUGCGUGUGUGCGUGUGCGUGUGUGUGUGUGCGUGUGUGUGUGUGUGUGUGUGUGUGUGUGUGUGUAGUGUGUUUAGUGUGUGUGUGUUUGUGUGCGAGUGGUGUGAGACCAAUGACUGAUACUCGGACAGGUCAAGGCCUGUUCAGUGCCGACUCCUCACAGGGUCCAUUCCGGCUUCCACGGACCACUGGAGGUGUGUGUCAGAGACCACACCUCAGGAGAGCCCGUCCUCACC